GGCAUGUUUGUGAGAUCUGGGAACAGCGCGCAGCCUGUACCUCUAACCUGCCCUCCGACUCCUCAAACAUGUUUACGGCGUAUCAUGCAGGAUGGAGCGGCCGGAUAAAUUGAGACACGACAGAACGGCUUAGCUGCAAACUGACAUGGGUGAAGACACCUGCGUUUCACAACGAGGCUGGCAGCUGAAGUAGAGGUGGGCAGGAUGGGGGAGCGGACGGUGGGACGCCCCGUAGUUGCGAUCUCUCCAGUGCAGCAGAUGCUGGCCUCUGGCACUGGAGCCCUCCUCACAUCUAUAUUUGUCACACCGCUGGACGUUGUGAAGAUCAGGCUGCAGGCUCAGCAGACACCACUCCACCAAGCUUCAGCCUGUGAACCUGCUCCGUGGGGCGGUAUCACUCGUCCCUCCAAGUGGAAGUGUUUCCUGUAUUGCAAUGGACUGAUGGAUCACAUCUAUGUUUGUCAGAAUGGAACCAGUUGCACCAGCUGGUACAAAACACCAACACAUUUCAGCGGGACUCUUGAUGCCUUUGUGAAAAUCAGUCGCCAUGAAGGACUCCGGUCUUUGUGGAGUGGACUACCACCAACGCUGGUUAUGGCUGUUCCUGCCACCGUCAUCUACUUCACCUGUUACGACCAGCUGCGGGACUUCCUGAGAUUUGGUCUGGGUCUUCAGGGCAGCCACGUCCCUCUUGUAGCUGGGGGUCUAGCCAGAUUGGGGGCUGUGACAGUGAUCAGCCCUCUGGAGCUGGUCAGGACCAAGAUGCAGUCCCGUCGGCUGACCUACAGCGAGCUGCGGGUGUGUAUCCGGUCGGCCGUGGCCCAGGACGGCCUGCUGUCGCUGUGGAGGGGCUGGGGGCCCACCGUGCUCAGAGACGUACCGUUUUCUGCUUUGUACUGGUUCAACUACGAGCUGGUGAAGGCCCACUUAUGUGAACAGUCUCGAGUGCCUCAGGCCAACUUCUCCAUCAGCUUCACAGCAGGAGCCGUCUCCGGAGCUAUUGCUGCAGUCCUGACGCUGCCGUUUGACGUCGUGAAGACUCGGAGACAGAUUCAGCUGGGAGAGAUGGAUACUAUGGGAGUGUCCUUAAACAAAACCACAUCCACAUGGCACAUAAUGAAGGAAAUAUGGGCUGACUUGGGCUACAGAGGCCUUUUUGCAGGUUUCAUGCCUCGGGUGAUCAAAGUGGCGCCGGCAUGUGCUAUUAUGAUAAGCAGCUAUGAGUUUGGAAAAACCUUCUUCCAGAAGAUGAACCUUGAUCAAGUGUCGAUGUGACGCGGGUUGUUCGUCAGCAGCGGCAGAAUGCACGGACGUUAUCAUCAGGUCGUAAAAAGUCUCCUCAGACAGAAGCCGGAGGAACAGGCUGAUGAUGAAGACUCUUUGCAGGGAUGCCUCUCCCAUUUUCAAGACAACGGACUAGUUUUCUUGAACUAAUAAACACUAGAGACACACCUGCAUGCUUGGACACAGUUAGGAGCUUGAACAACAGGCCUGGAUACUGAUGAAUGCUCUGGGACCACAGACUUUAUCUGUGCUGAUUCAAGUACAUUUUUUUUUUUACAUGGUUCUUUUAAAAGAGUUUUUUUGCAAUGCUUGUCCCAAAUACUUAUAUUCUGUACUCAUCAAAUGAAACAUCCUGGGGAGUGAACAUCAGAUAUUCAAUCCAACCAAGACCUGGUGCAGGACAAUGUAGGAAACUUGAAAGCUUCCUAAAGAGUGAAUCUUCAAAGUUACUGUAGCAUGAGUUUGAAGAAAAUCUUCUUUUUCCUGCAUUUUUCAUCACCCAACAAACUGCAUGGUGUGUCCAGCCUCAUUCAGCAGAGUCCAGAUACGCUGCUCCACCUUGCAUCGGCAUUACUGCAUCAGCCUGCAUUCCUGUAGCAGUAAAGCAUGACCAUUUUACGUUUAUCUGCUGUGUAGAUGCCUAAAACAUCUGGUUUGUAUGCUGGAUUGAUUCCACCAUUAAUAGCAUUUUUAUAUUUGCAAAACAAGAGCUGUGAAAUGAAACCGCGAAGAACAACUGCAGAUCUUUAUGGCUGUUGAUGUAUGUCUCUGUACUCUAGCAUAUGACAUGCAUGGUCUUAGUUACUGAGGAUACACUUCUUGAUGGAAAAUGGAAGCCAGUUUUCAUUUGUGCAUGAAUUUUAUGCUAUAAAAUAUGAAAUAGAACUUUCAGUGAAAACCACUGCAACUGGCUACCCAACCAUCACAUGGAUUUUGCUGCAAAGCAAAAUGAUUUUAAAAAAUUUCUCUUGGUGGCAUUCUGGUGAUGAGAUGCUGGAAUUUCUUAUUCACAACAAACACUGGAACAUGAAACUCAACAUUUCUGCCUUAAUGUGAAAGUGUGUUCUUUGUGUUUUUUAUGAAUGACGUUAAAAUAAAAUGUUAAGACAG